GGCUGGGCGAGGCGGCGCCGGCGAGCAGAGCUGCGCUGAGUGUUCAGGGGCCAAGAUGGCGGCGCGCCGGGGACUGAGAGACGGAGUCGCGCCGCCUUCGAGUGUUGGCCCCGGGCCGGACCCUGGCGGUGGAGUCCGAGGCAACGGUUGGGGGAGUCGGAGCCAAGCGUCGUAUGGGACUGUUGGCGCUGUGAGCGGCGGGGAGCAGGUGCUACUGCAUGAGGAGGGGGAUGAUUCUGGCUUUGUCAGUCUGUCUCGCCUGGGCCCCUGUCUUAGGGACAAGGACCUGGAGAUGGAUGAGCUCUUGCUGCAGGACGAGACACUGCUGGAGACCAUGCAUAGUUACAUGGAUGCCUCUCUCAUUUCCCUCAUCGAGGAUUUCGGGAGCCUGGGAGAGAGCAGGCUAUCACUGGAGGACCAGAAUGAAGUGUCGCUGCUCACAGCUCUGACGGAGAUCUUGGACAAUGCAGAUUCUGAGAAUCUGUCUCCAUUCGACAGCAUUCCUGACUCGGAACUGCUUGUGUCACCUCGGGAAAGCUCCUCUCUGCACAAGCUGAUUACCCUUUCUCGGACACCCCCAGAACGUGACCUAAUCACCCCGGUUGAUCCAUUGGGGCCAAGUACAGGCAGUAGCAAAGUUGACAUGUCUCUUACAGAUCCCUCUUGGGAUUUCUCCCCACCCCCUUUCUUGGAGACAUCUUCCCCCAAGCUGCCUAGUUGGAGACCCCCAAGAUCGAGACCCCGCUGGGGCCAGUCCUCUCCCCCCCUGCAGCGUAGUGAUGGGGAAGAAGAGGAGGAGCUGGCUAGUUUCAGUGGCCAGGUGCUUACUGGGGAGCUCACCAACUCUAUGAGCAACAUCUCAGACUUCCCUAUGCACCUGGCUUGCCCCGAAGAGGAAGACACAAUGGCAGCAGAGAUGUUGGUGCAGCCAGCUGGUGAUGAGAGCAUCUCCUCACUGAGUGAGCUAGUGCGAGCCAUGCACCCAUACUGUCUGCCUAACCUCACUCAGCUGACUGCACUCGAGAGUGAGCUGCAGGAGCAGCCAGAUGACUUGACACUACCUGAAGACUGUGUGGUGUUGGAGAUUGUAGGCCAGGCGGCCACAGCUGGCAGUGACCUGGAGAUUCCUGUUGUGGUGCGGCAGAUCCCACCUGGACCCCAGCCUGUGCUCCUGGAAGAUGCGCUAGACACCAGCCCCUCCUUGCAGUUGCUCUUGCCUGAAAUAGAAACAGAGACAGAAGCUGCUGUGCCCAAGGAAACCCUCUGCCCUGAGAAAGAGGUGUUGUCACUGGACUCGGAGGGAAAAUUAGAGCCAGCCUGCAUGUUGGAGCCCACGGAGGUCAUGGAGCCAGUGGCACCCAAGGGCCCUCACAACCCACCAGGUAACACAGUGCUGAGUUCCCAGAGGGCUCAAAAGAACAGGAGGAAGAAGAACAAGGAACAGUCAGCAGCCUGUGCAGAAGGCUGUGGCAGGCGGCUACGGUCCUCUUCUCGUGGACAGUCUAAAGUGGCUUCAGAGGUGAUCUCGCAGGCAGGUAGCUUGCCUCGGGAGGAACUUCGGAGAGAGGUUGGGCCUCCCCAAGGUAGGGGGAAGCCCCGGGCCUGGGCUCGGGCCUGGGCAGCUGCCUUGGAAAAACCUAGCUCUGUGGACUUGGAGAGUAGUUCUGAACAAACUAGUUCCCCUAAAAAAGGUCCUCUAGACUUCUCUCCCAAGAUGGUUGACAUCAUCCAAGCCAACUCUGUUUCAGUCCAUCUUUCACUGGGAGACUCUGCUGCAGCUGAUAAUAUGCCACUUGACUCUGAGGCUGAUCCCACUGCCCUUGACUCUGUUUUUGCUGACCCGUCACCUGCUGGCCCUGCUCUGGUUGACCUUGCUUCAACUAACACCAAGCUGGUUGACCGUCUCCCAGCCGAGUCGUUGCUGAUCGACCCUGUCCUGGCUGAAUCAGUAGCUGAGGACCCUGCUGUAGUUGUUCCCAUCUCAGAUGAUCUUCCACCAGUCACCAACCAUGUCCCAGCUGUCCCAGCAGUAGCUGAUUCUGUUCCUGAUCACCCAGCUCCUGUGGAACCUGUGCUGGUGAAAUCCAGGCCCACAGAUCCCAGGCGUGCUGCGUUAUCGUUAGCCCAGGGAAGUCCAGCCUCUCAGCUCCUCCUGGAGUCAGAGUCCUCAAACCCCUCCAAGGCUACGGGCCCUCUGAAGGUGGAAAGUGGCACCAGUGUCACAACCCAGGAAGCCAAACCUCGACCUCUUAGUCUAUCUGAGUACCGACGACGAAGGCAGCAGCGCCAAGCAGAUGCAGAAGAGAAGAGUUCCCAGCCCCCUGCAGGGAAGUGGCCCAGCCUGCCAGAGACCCCCACAGGGCUGGCAGACAUCCCUUGUCUAGUCAUUCCGCCAGCCCCAGCCAAGAAGACCACAAGGCAGAGAAGCUCCGAGCUUGCUCCCGAGGCUGGAUCUAUGCCUGUGGCCCCCAGCCCUGCUUCUCCUAGCCCUGAGCUACCUGUCGGCAAACUUGUGGUCUCUGCUCUCACAGAGCAGCUGCCAUCCCAAGAGAUACCACAGCCAGUGAGACCUCUGCUUCCUGCUGUGCAGUCCAUGCCCUCCCUGAUGUCCACUGCUUUGCCUUUUUCCCCCGGUGGCUUGGGCAUGACCCCCAUGCUACCCCUUCCCACAAAUGGACACGGGGUCCCCAGCCUGCCCCCACCACCCUUGCAGCCUCCUAGUCUCCCAAUGACUAUGGGGCCAGUGCCACCUGAUCCUUACACUCAUUAUGCCCCCUUGCCACCUUGGCCUUGCUACCCCCCUGUGUCCCCUUCUGGCUAUCCUUGCCUGCCUCCGCCACCAACGGUGCCCCUAGUGUCUGGUACUCCUGGCACCUAUGCUGUGCCCCCCACGUGCAAUGUGCCUUGGGUACCUCCUCCCACCCCAGUCCCACCUUAUAGCUCUAAUUGUGCCUAUGGGCCUGUGGGAUGGGGCCCAGGGCUGCAGCACCCUCCAUUCUGGCCCACUGUGCCCCCACCUCCUUUGCCUCUAGCCUCUGGUGGGAGGGCUGUCCCCCCACCUGCAGUGGAGCCCUGUGGCAGCUCAGCUGACCUGUCUGUGUCUGAAAGUGUACUUCCUGUGCCGGUGGCUCCUCCCCUUGCUCCUGGGCCAGCUGCCCAGGGAGUUGCACAGAUAGAUACCACUGAAGUGGAGGUUAAGCCAGUGUCUGCAUCUCCACAUCGGAAACACAAGGCAUCAUCCCCAGUGCAGAGUCCUCUGGUCAAGACUACACCAUGUCUGUCUGCUGAGAGUGUGACUGUUGAGGAGCCUGAAUUGGAGACAGUGAAGCCUGAGGCUCAGGAGACCAGGCCCAAGGAGAAGCCACCUUCUCCUGUUGUCAAGGUUGUUUCUAAGUCCACAGCAAGGCAAAGCAGUGUUCCUAGGCUGCCUGCUGUCCACCCAGCUCGUUUAAGGAAACUCACCUUCCUCCCUAAUCCACAAACCCAGGGUCCUGAUGAUGUGGUGCAGGCUUUCAUCAGUGAGAUCGGUAUCGAGGCAUCGGAUCUGUCCAGUCUGUUGGAGCAGUUUGAGAAGUCAGAAGCCAAAAAGGAGUGCCCUCCCCCGGCUCCUGCUGACAACUUGGCUGUAGGAAACUCAGGAGUUGACACUCCCCAGGAGAAGAGGCCCCUAGACCGCUUACAAGCCCCAGAACUGGCCAACGUGGCAGGGCUCACCCCUCCAGCUACCCCUCCCCACCAGUUAUGGAAGCCCCUGGCUGCUGUCUCACUGCUGGCCAAAGCCAAAUCUCCUAAGUCCACCGCCCAGGAGGGAACCCUGAAGCCUGAAGGAGUUACAGAGGCCCAACAUCCAGCUGCAGCCCGCCUCCAAGAAGGGGUCCGUGGCCCUAGUCCAGUCCAUGUGGGCUCGGGUGACCAUGACUAUUGUGUUCGGAGCAGGACACCCCCCAAAAAGAUGCCAGCCCUAGUCAUUCCAGAGGUGGGGUCCCGAUGGAAUGUCAAACGCCAUCAGGACAUCACCAUCAAACCUGUCUUAUCCCUGGGCCCAGGCACCCCAGUGCCCCCACGCACUGCUGUCUCCCAGGAGCCCCUUGAUCACAGGACUAGCAAUGAGCAAGCAGAUCCCUCAGCCCCUUGCCUUGCCCCAUCUGCCUUGCUGUCCCCUGAGGCCUCACCUUGCCGGAAUGACACUAGGACUCCCCCUGAGCCCUCAGCCACGCAGCCUUCAGUGCGUUGUUACCGAAAAGCCUGCAGGUCAACCAGCCCCCCAAACCAGGGCUGGCAAGGCCGUCGGGGCCGCAGCCGUUCUGUCAGCUCUGGGUCCAACCGGACCAGUGAAGCAUCUUCAUCCUCAUCGUCGUCUUCCUCAUCCCGAUCCCGAUCCCGGUCCAGGUCCCUCUCCCCCCCACACAAGAGGUGGCGAAGGUCCAGUUGCAGUUCCUCUGGGCAUUCCCGAAGAUGCUCUUCCUCUUCUUCCUCUUCAUCUUCCUCCUCAACAUCUUCUUCAUCAUCCAGUUCCCGCAGCCGCUCUCGAUCUCCAUCUCCCCGCCGGAGAAGUGACAGGAGGCGCCGGUACAACUCUUACCACCGUUCACAUGACCAUUACCAAAGGCAGAGAGUACUGCAGAAGGAGCGUGCAAUAGAAGAAAGAAGAGUGGUUUUCAUUGGGAAGAUCCCUGGCCGCAUGACUCGGUCAGAGUUGAAGCAGAGGUUCUCUGUUUUUGGAGAGAUUGAGGAAUGCACCAUCCACUUCCGAGUCCAGGGUGACAACUAUGGCUUCGUUACUUACCGCUAUGCUGAGGAGGCAUUUGCAGCCAUCGAGAGUGGCCACAAGCUGAGGCAGGGAGAUGAGCAGCCCUUUGACCUCUGUUUUGGAGGCCGAAGGCAAUUCUGCAAGAGGAGCUAUUCUGAUCUUGACUCCAAUCGGGAAGACUUUGACCCUGCUCCUGUAAAGAGCAAAUUUGAUUCUCUUGACUUUGACACAUUGUUGAAAAAGGCCCAGAAGAACCUCAGGAGGUAACCCUGGGCCCUUCUCCCCUUUCCCUUUUCUUUGGAGGUGUGCAACCUCCACCUCCCCCUCCCCCACUCUAGGGGAGAGAGCUGCUAGUUGAGAUGAUGACUGUUUUAUAAAGAAAUGGAAAAAAGUGAAAUAAAAAAGUGUUAAUCAGAUUUUUUAAAAAGGGGUAUUUCUUUUUUUAUAACAGGCAUUGAAUCAAAUUAACUUGCAUUCCUAUGUAAGAUGGAUGAGGCUGUGGGGUUCCCCCAGUGUUUGGAAUAUCUUAAGUUACUAUGCAGACUAAUAAAAUGAACGAGAAAGAA